AUGGCACUCGACCAGUUUACCUAUGUUUUUGUCAUUGGCACCUUCUUUGCCCUGUUGGAUGCCUUCAACAACGGCGCCAACGACGUGGCAAAUGCCUGGGCCACGUCCGUUAGUUCCCGUUCGAUUUCCUAUCGACAGGCCAUGAUCUUUGGCACCAUUUUCGAGAUGUUGGGCGCCAUCACCGUCGGCGCCCGCACGGCCGAGACCAUCAAGAACGGCAUUAUCCCCCACGCUGCCUUCCAAGACAAUGCCGGCGUGCAGAUGCUCGCCUUUACCUGCGCCCUGGCUGGUGCGUCGACCUGGGUCAUGUGGUGCACCCGACACUCGGCUCAUGUCUCCUCGACAUACUCUUUGGUCUCCGCGGUUGCCGGUGUGGGCGUUGCGACAGUCGGCGCAAAACAGGUGCAAUGGGGCUGGAACGACGGCAAGGGCCUGGGUGCCAUCUUCUCUGGGCUCGUCAUGGCACCCGCCAUCUCAGCCGCCUUUGGGGCCACCAUUUUCAUGCUCAUCAAGCUGGUAGUGCACCUGAGAAAGAACCCCGUUCCAUGGGCUGUGUACUCGUCUCCCUUUUUCUUCCUGAUUGCCGGCACCGUUUGCACGCUGUCCAUUGUCUACAAGGGAUCCCCGAAUCUGGGCUUGAACAAGAAACCCGGCUGGUACGUCGCGGCCGUUACCAUGGGUACAGGUACCGGCGUUGGGAUACUGGCGGCCAUUUUCUUUGUGCCGUUUGUUGAUGCCAAGGUGAUCAAGAAGGAUCAUGGAGUCAAGUGGUGGAUGUUCAUCUACGGGCCUUUGCUGUUCAAGAGACCAGAAGUUGCCGUCAUGGACAGAGCCAACGUUCCAAAUUACGCCGUUGUCCAGGAGGACUCGGGCGAUGAGGAACAGCCCCAGGCCCUUCCCUCCAAGUCCUCACCUACCCCAACGGAGAGCGGAAGCAACCCGGAGAAGAAGCUGGAUCAGGACCCGGAGCUCGGGGAAGCCCCAGUUCAGUUGACGUACAAAGAGAUCCAAGCCCAAGGGGAGCGGAAGCUACACGCCAAGUUGCUCAAGAAGAGGGGUCCCAUGGGCUGGGCCAUGCGCACCCUCCGCGACAACCCGAUGGGACCAGGCCGGAUAUACGAGAUUUACAACAUCCGCAUGUUCCUGAAACGCUUGCCGGCCAUGGUUGUCUGUGGUCUAUUGUAUGGUCUUCACUACGACAUCCACGCCGCUCAGUCGGGCAUCGCAGGCACGCCCGAGGGUGAACGGAUGGCCAGAGUGUACGCCGAGGCCAAGAAGUAUCCGAACGAGGUUGAGCACACAUAUAGCUUUGUCCAGAUUCUGACGGCUUGCACGGCUUCAUUUGCUCAUGGCGCCAACGACAUUGGAAACUCGGUUGGCCCCUGGGCUGUUAUCUACUCUGCCUGGUCGACUGGGAGUGCCGCUGCCAGCAAAGCCGAGGUGCCAAUUUGGCAGCUGGCUGUCUUGUCAGCAACCAUCUCUGUGGGCUUGUUGACAUAUGGCUACAAUAUCAUGAAGGUCAUGGGCAACAAGAUCACAUAUCACUCCCCAAGCAGGGGCUGCUCCAUGGAGAUGGGAGCCGCCAUCACAGUACUCGUGUUCAGCCAGUACUCGCUUCCUGUAUCAACGUCAAUGUGCAUCACUGGUGCCACCGUCGGAGUCGGGCUCUGCAAUGGUACCCUCAAGGCCGUGAACUUUCAGCGGGUCGGCUUGCUGAUGCUCUCCUGGAUUGCGACAAUUCCUAUCGCCGGCACUAUCGGUGGUGUCCUGAUGGGCUUGUUCUUGAAUACCCCUCACUUUUAA